AUGGUGUCCCAAGAGGCAUAUGAUGUGAAGCCUGACAGAGGCGGCUCUGACGAUGAGGAAAUAGCCGCGGUCAAUGUGGACGAGACGACAGCGGCAGACUGGAGCGAGGACGAGGAGCGCAAGAUCAAGGUCAAGCUCGAUCUCAUCCUCCUCCCCAUCCUAGGACUGGCCUUCUUCGCUCUGCAGAUGGACAGAGGCAACAUCUCCAACGCCCUGACGAGCACCAUCACGACCGACCUGGGCGUCGACACGAACCAGAUCAACGUCGGCACCGCCCUCCUCUCCCUGGGCAUUGUGCUCCUCGAGAUCCCUUCCAACGUCCUCCUGCAAAAGAUUGGCCCCAAGCACUGGCUCUCGGGCCAGAUCAUCGCUUGGGGCCUCGUCGCCCUUUUCCAGAACUUUAUCACCAACUACGCGGGCUACCUCGUCACGCGCAUCCUGCUAGGCCUCUGCGAAGCCGGCUUCAUCCCUGGUGCCCUGUAUACCAUGUCCACCUGGUAUAAGCGAGACGAGACCAGCCUGCGCGUGUCCAUCUUUUUCCUUGGCAAUCUGCUUGCCGUCGCCCUCACCUCGCUCAUCGGCGCCGGAAUCCUCACCAUGGGCGACCGAUACGGCGUCGCCGGCUGGCGCUGGCUGUUCAUUGUCGAGGGCUGCAUCACUAUCGGCGUGGGCAUCAUCUUCUUCCUCUUCCUUCCGCCGCGCGUUGGCGACGGCCGUCCCUUUAUCAGCUUCGGCCGCUGGUCCUAUUUUGACCAGCGAGAGAGUUAUAUCCUGGUACGCCGCGUGCUCCUCGACGACCCGGCCAAGACCACCAAUCACCUGCACAUCUCGGCCCAUGACAUUACCACCACCCUGCGAAAGCCGCGUAUCCUUAUGCACAUGCUCAUCACCUUGACCGCCACCAUCCCCGUCAACGCCAUCAACACGUAUGGACCCUCCGUCAUCAAGAGUCUCGGGUAUACCACCGUCCAUGCCAACGCCCUCGCCAGCGUGGGACCCUUUAUCGCCGUCGUUAUGGUUAUUGUGCUGGGCUGGUUGUGCGACAAGACGGGUAGAAAAGGCCCCUUUGUUCUCUUCGCGGCUGUGUGGUCCACCAUUGCCUUUUCUUGUCUGCGCGAGGGUACAGCCGAGGACUGGUCGACGGGGAUGAAGUACGCGGCUGUGGUUUUCUCGAUGGCGACCAACUCGGUUGUGCAUAUCCAGAAUGUCGGCUGGCUGUCGGCAAACUGUCAGAGUCCUCAGGAGAGGAGUGUUGCUAUGGCUAUGAUUAUUAUGGCUGCCAACGCAGCAGGUAUCGCUGGAUCCCAGGUCUUCCGUACCGAAGACGCACCACUCUACCUUCACGCCUUCACAGCAUGUCUAGCGCUGACAGGCCUAAGCAUUGUCGAGAUUGUCUUGCAGAGCCUGUGGUACUUCUUUAGCAACAAGAAGCUGGCCAGGGAGGACCACCGGCGCAAAUUAUGUUGA